CUAAAUUCUCAACGCGUUCCCGUUGCGGUUCCUAGCCACUGUAUAACAAGACUUCGCAGGAACAACACCGAUCGCGGCAGUUCGUGUAAAAACAUGUUACAAAUACUUACCACGUUUUUAAUGUUCUUAAUUAUGAUUGGAAUUAGAGCAUUUGAAGAAGACUACGACAUUGAAUAUUACGAUGACUUGCCGGAAAAUCAUUAUCACAAAGAGGGAAGAUCGUUUUCGUAUCCCCAGAGUCCGAUUAUAGAUUUGAUUAUGAAAACAGCGGCCCCUAAUUAUGUACCGAAAAAUUCUGGAGACAUUUUUGACUUUUUGAGAGAUUCGUAUCCGCUGCCUGGAGGACUGCACAGCCCUUAUCAUGAAUACGAUUUCGUAAUCAUAGGGGCGGGCUCAGCGGGCUCCGUUUUAGCUUCUAGACUAACAGAGGAUAAGAACACCACGGUCUUGCUUAUAGAGGCCGGGAAGCCAGAAAUGAUAUUAACUGACAUUCCAAUUAUGGCACCAUAUUUUCAAUCAACAGAAUAUGCCUGGCAGUACUACAUGGAACCCCAACCUGGAGUUUGUAAAGGUAUGAUCAACGGUCGUUGUUUUUGGCCGCGCGGGAAGGCGGUCGGGGGUAGCAGCGUCAUCAACUACAUGAUAUACACGCGGGGUAGACCACAAGACUGGGACAGGAUCGCGGCCGCAGGGAAUUAUGGAUGGUCGUACCGUGAAGUUUUGGAAUAUUACAAAAAAUCUGAAAACGCUAGACUCAAUGGUUAUGAAAAAGAUCCAACAAGGAAUCGUAAUGGGGAAAACCCUGUGGAAUUUGUACCGAUCAGGACUAAGCUCAUCAAAGCAUUUUUAGAGGCCGGUAGAAUCUUUGGACAUCCAACAAUUGAUUACAAUUCACCGCACCAAUUAGGAUUCGGUUAUGUGCAAGCUAUAACAACCAAAGGACACCGACAAAGUGCUGCGAAAGUAUUCCUGCAUAGACAGAAGAAGCGACAAAACUUACACAUCUUGCCGGACACAUACGUCACUAAAAUACUCAUAGAUGCUCGAACUAAGACAGCCUAUGGAGUCGAAUACGUACGAAACAGAUUAAAACACACUGUACUAGCACGAAAAGAAGUAAUUCUAUCAGCCGGUCCCAUAGCGUCUCCUCAGCUACUUAUGUUAUCCGGCGUGGGGCCUAAAAAACACUUAAAUUCAAUGGGCAUACCGGUUCUCAAAGAUCUGCCAGUUGGUAAAAUGCUAUACGAUCAUAUUUGUUUCCCGGGACUUAUAUUUGAACUCAACACAACCGAUGUCAGCUUGCACGAAAGCAAAAUGUUAAGAGUGCGACCUAUACUGCAGUGGUUAAAGAAUGGUGAUAGUACACUAUCAUCUCCGGGUGGCGUGGAAGGAAUCGGUUAUAUCAAAACUCCGAUCUCCAACGAUCCAGAUCCUAUACCCGAUAUUGAACUAAUCAGUAUCGGUGGAUCUAUACUGUCAGAUGGUGGGCCUGGAGGCAGUAGAGCAAUUCGAAGAGGAAUGAGAAUUAGGGAUGCAGUUAUAGAUGAGGCUUUUGGAUCAAUAGAUAGAGUCGCAAGAGAUACUUGGAGUGCUUUUAUUUUGUUGCUACACCCAGUUUCAUUUGGGGGAAUAGAGCUUAAAAAUAAAAACCCAUUUAGUCAUCCCCGGAUGUAUGGAAAUUAUUUAACUCAUUCGAAGGAUGUAGUAACAAUUAUUGCUGGGAUACGAUACGUACAGGCUAUGGCGGCAACAUUCCCUUUCCAGAAGUUUGGUGCAAAAGUACACAAAGCGUCCUAUCCAACUUGCCGACACAUACCGUUUGAUUCAGAUGAGUACUGGGAAUGCGCUAUUCGCACCCUCACUGCUACUUUGCACCACCAGAUUGCGACGUGUCGAAUGGGACCAAACAAUGAUCCAUUAGCAGUUGUAGACCCAGAACUAAGAGUAUAUGGGAUCGAAAAACUGCGGGUCGUAGAUUCAGGAGUCAUACCACGAACUAUAUCUGCUCAUACACAUGCACCCACGAUGAUGAUCGCUGAAAAAGCUGCUGAUAUGAUCAAAGCUACAUGGGCAUCAAUGCUACCUAAUUACAUUUCCUAUUCAUAAAUUAAUUCAUUUCGGGUUAUGCAUAUUUUACGAACGCGCCAAAUUAUAUUUAUUUUAUAUUAUAAGGAAAUUAAGUUUUUAAAAAAGUUACUUGGUUACCAGUCAUCUACGUUCACUUUUUAAAUAGGGAUUUUGUUUAUUAUAAUAUUUUUUAUUUGAUUAUAAAAUAUUUUAAAAUAAAUUGUACAUUAUUGAAAAUUACAAGAAUAUACUUUCAGGAAAAGCUAGUAAAAGCGUAUCAAGAAUACACGCAAAACAAAGAUAUAGAAUUUACGAGGGCGUUAGACAUAAAUAAUACAUUAAUUUAAUAUAAUAUAUUUAUAUAUAAUAAAUAAAUAAUUAGGGUAAAUCACUAAAA